CACGCGCCGCAACCAAUCCCCUCGCAGCUUUUUCGGAUCGCCGUGUUCUUGAUUGGCUCUUCAGCUUGGACCAGUGAGCGCCGCUUUUGCUUGAAGGCGGUGGAAGCGAUGCAGGCAGCCUUGCUGGGACCCGGGGCAGCCAGAUCCGCAUUCUGGAUGCAGCAAGGAGCGGCCUUCAUCCUCUCCCGCCGCGGGAUUGCCUCAAUUUUUCCUACAACAUGGGGGCGGCCUCUGACCCUUUACAGCUCACUGGACCCUGUGGGUGCCGCCCAGAGAUUUCCAGGACAAGGGGCACCAUGGAGUUACCAGCAGAUUCGAACCAAGGCCCGGGGAAAUGAAUACCAGCCAUCAAACAUUAAACGGAAACACAAACAUGGCUGGAUCAAACGCAUCCGGACAGCCAGUGGGAUUGAGGUGAUCCUCCGCCGUAUGCUGAAGGGUAGGAAAUCUUUGACGCAUUGAUGGCUCAGAAGGAUUUGCUCCAAAAGAACAAAGCUGAAGCAAGAAUCAGGGAAUUGUAAGCAAGCUGCUUCCCUUUGGUUUGCUGCAGAAAUGUGGCAGGGACUUCUACGCACCAUAACCUACCUUUUCAAGCGAAAGGGGAAAGUCCCUGAGAUCUUCUCAUUUGGAAAUUGAUUUUCUUUUAACAUAAAAAUAAAUGCUGCAAGCUUUCAAAAAAAAUUGAGAUGCAAUUAAAUGUGUAGAUAACACCAA